AUGCAAGCAUGCAGGAGAGUUUUCAAUGUAUUUGAAAACCGGUCUCAGAUCUCGUUCAUCGAGUUGUAUGUUGAGUUCGAACAAUCUGAGGCUGACCGGAAUAUUCUACAGGAAGAUUAUAAUAGUGACAGUGAAGAAGAGUUCGAAAGCAACUAUGAAUUUGCUGUUCCAGAUGGUGAUGAAGAUCAAGGUGAGAGAACCAUGUGCCCAGAUGUGACAGAAGUGGCAAAUGCACUUGCAAACGAAGUGCCGUUUGAGGAGCCAUCAUUCAUGCGAGUUUUAGACUUGGAAGCCAUGCAUGUUCCUGAAUUUCCGGAAUAUAUGACUGCAGAAAUUCCUAUGGUCGCAGAUGGUGAAUUCGUCGUUGGGAUGGAGUUCAGUUCCAGGGAAGCUGUUAUUAAGGUGGUUAAGGAGUAUACCAUACGACGAAGUGUAGACUACCGGGUUUAUGAGUCUGAGCCGUUGACAUUUUAUGCCAAGUGUACACAGUAUGGGUCAGGGUGUGAUUGGCUUAUCAGGGUUAGCUUGAUCAGCAGGAAGUACUGUUGGGUUAUAAGGAGGUAUAAUGGUAGCCACACCUGUAAAUCGGUAAUAGCAGAAGUGCAAUCGAAAUUCAACUACACCGUCAGUUACCGAAAAGCAUGGUUGGCUAAGCAGAGGGCAAUAGAAAAAAUAUUUGGAGGUUGGGAAGCAUCGUAUGAAGCCUUGCCUAUAUGGUUUGAGGCCAUGUGUCACAAGGAGCCAUCAGCUGUUGUCCAUUUUGAGACUAUGCCUGCAUAUCAAGGCGAUGACUUGGUGGGUGAUAUUCGGGUACUGCAUCGUGUAUUCUGGAGUUAUUACCCUUGCAUUAGGGCAUUCAGACAUUGUAAACCAAUUGUCCAGGUGGAUGGUACUCACUUGUACGAAAAGUAUAAGGGUUGUGCUUGUGGCAGUUUCCCAGGAUGGAAACACAAUAUCGUUCCGAUUGCGUUUGCUAUUGUUGAGGGAGAGACUUCUGAUGCAUGGCAUUUUUUCCUAAGUAACCUCCGUCAACAUGUUGUUACUCGGGAUGGAGUGGGUCUAAUAUCUGACAGGCACGAGUCCAUCAAUGCAGCUGUCGAACGAAGUAACGGAGCUUGGUCACCUCCUAGAGCUUUUCAUAUGUUUUGCAUCAGGCAUAUAGAGUCGAAUUUUCUCAGAAAAUUCAAGGCACCUUACCUACAAAAAUUGGUCGUUAACAUCGGAUAUUCGAGGACGGUGCGGGAGUACGAAGUGCGUUACCAGCGUUUAAGGGACCGCGGCGAGGCAUACACAAACUGGUUAGACCGAAUUCCUCGCGAACAGUACGCACUGGCCUUUGAUGGCGGGUACCGAUGGGGUCACAUGACGACGAAUCUAGUGGAGUGCAUCAACUCAGUAUUGAAGGGUGCCCGCAAUCUUCCCAUUACUGCUCUUGUGAAGGCAACAUUCUACAGACUAAAUGAGUUGUUCACCCGUAAAAGAGCGGAUGCGGAAGCCCGGAUCAAUGCUGGCCAUGUGUUUUCUGAGAUAGUGACUUCGAAGUUGCAUGCAAACCAACUUGCAUCAGGAAACAUACAGGUUAGUUGCUUUGACCGCCAGAAUGAGGUCUUUGAGGUUCGUGAGAUGCCAAGUGGGCUAGAGUUUGCAGUUGAUCUACGUAGCCUUCGAUGUGACUGUGGUGAGUUCCAAGUGGACCGAAUCUCCUGUCGACAUGUAUUUGCAUGUUGUGCCAACCAGCGACUUAAUUGGCGACUUUAUGUUCAUGAUGUGUAUAAGAUGGAUCAAGUGCGGCGGGUGUACCGAGCACGGUUUAGGCCAUUGGGUAAUCCCACUACAUGGCCUGCUUACAACGGACCUCGGUUCAUACCGAAUCUGUACAUGCGACGGGUGUCAAAAGGUCGGCCCAGGAUGACGCGUUUUCUGAAUGAGAUGGACACGAGGAUGUUACGUCGUCCUAGGCGAUGUACUCUAUGUGGUGCUGAGGGACAUAGUCGAAGCAGAUGCCAUCGGUCUGUUGGUGCAAAUACCAACAGAGAAGCCCCCUAG